AUAUCAAGCUUGUAUUACUUUUAUUUUGAUAUAAAAAUAAACAACAACGUCUUCUUAUCUUGCUGCAAUCUUCUCUUUCUUUUCUCUUUCACUUUUCAGCUUAUUUCUGUUUUCAUCUCUUUCUCUCCUUUUCAUUUACAACAAACGCACAUUUAUAGCAAAAUGAAGUCUGUUAUCGCUGCCAUCGCUGCCAUUGCUGCCUCUGUUGUCUCUGCUCAGCAAAUUGUUACCAGCCAACCUACCACCAACCAAGUUCUCGUUGCUGGUACUACUGCUCAAAUUGUUUGGAAUCCUGUUGAAGGCACUAUUGCUACCAUUGAUCUUCGCAAGGGUGAUGCUUCUGCCCUUACUUUUGUUCAAAACGUAGCAACCAACGUUCCCGCUAGCACCGGUUCUUAUGCUUGGAACAUCCCUACUUCCAUCGCUGCUGGCUCUGAUUAUGCACUUUCUUUCGGUCAAAGCCCCAAUGUCAGCUACACUCCCUUCUUCGCUAUUCAAGCUGCUUCUGGUAAGCGUUCAAAUUGAUAACAAUUGAACCAAUGUACGAAGUUACUAACUAUCCGUAACCAUUUAGGUGGUGCUUCCGCUAACACCUCUGCUUCUGGUUCUGCUGCUGCCUCCGGCACUGGUGCUACCGCUGCCGCCACUUCUUCCGCUGCCGCUACUCCUUCC